AUGAGCAGCCAAAGCCUGAAAGAGAUGUCUGAUGCUCACACUCACAGCAGCCCUCUCCUGGCAGAGCCUCUUUCCAGCAGAUACAAACUCUAUGAGUUGGAGUUUCCCAGCCCAAGCUGUCCCCCCAACUCCCAGGAUGCACACCCAGCCCUACCUCUUCUAGAAAUGCCUGAAGAAAAGGGUCUCCGGUCAUCCAACGAAGAAAGCCACAUUGUGAAGAUUGAAAAACCCAAUGAAAAGGAUACACGAAGAGAAAGUGGGGCAGCCCCCCAGGGCUCUGCAGGCCAAGGGGGCAUCGGUCUCUUCCAGGCAGUGGGCUACCUCACAGGCGAGAUGAAGGAGUACAGGAGCUGGCUGAAAGAUAAACCCCUGGCCUUCCAGUUCACAGACUGGGUUCUGAGGGGGGCCGCUCAGGUGAUGUUUGCCAACAACCCUCUCAGCGGGCUCAUCAUCUUCAUAGGGCUCCUGAUCCAGAACCCCUGGUGGAUGAUUACGGGAGGUCUGGGGACCGUGGUGUCAACUUUAACUGCCCUCAUCUUGAGCCAGGACAGGGCCGCCAUCUCCUCGGGUCUGCACGGGUACAACGGGAUGCUGGUGGGAACGCUGGUGGCUGUGUUCUCUGAGAAGUUAGACUACUACUGGUGGCUUCUGCUUCCUGUGACCCUCACGGCUAUGUCCUGCCCCAUUUUUACUAGUGCCUUGAGUUCCAUCUUCAGCAAGUGGGACCUCCCUGUCUUCACCCUGCCCUUCAACUUCGCCUUGACCCUGUACUUGGCAGCCACCGGCCACUACAACCUCUUCUUCCCCACGACACUGGUGGAGCCUAUGUCUUCAGUGCCCAACAUCACCUGGUCGGAGAUUGAGAUGCCCCUGCUGCUACAAGCCAUCCCUGUCGGGGUCGGGCAGGUGUACGGCUGUGACAACCCCUGGACAGGCGGCGUGUUCCUGGUGGCCCUGUUCAUCUGCUCGCCACUCAUUUGCUUGCAUGCAGCCAUUGGCUCAAUUGUGGGGCUGCUGGCAGCCCUGACGGUGGCCACGCCCUUCGAGACCAUCUACCUGGGCCUCUGGAGCUACAACUGUGUCCUCUCCUGCAUCGCCAUCGGGGGCGUGUUCUAUGCCCUCACCUGGCAGACCCACCUGCUGGCCCUCGUCUGUGCCCUGUUCUGUGCAUACAUGGGAGCAGCCCUCACCAACAUAAUGUCAGUGGUUGGUGUGCCACCAGGCACCUGGCCCUUCUGCCUCUCCACACUCACCUUUCUGCUCCUGACGACCAACAGCCCCACCAUCUACAAGCUCCCACUCAGCAGAGUCACCUACCCAGAGGCCAACCGCAUCUACUACCUGACAGUGAAAAGCCAGGAAGAAGAGAAGUCCUCCAGUGGUGAAUAG